UCACAACUCAAGAUCAAAUUCAGCACGACGAUCCAGCGCUUUCUUCAUAAACAUUUCUUUCAUCCAUCCCUUCCACCUUUCACGGAAAAUUCAAAAAAAAAAAAGCUUCGAGAAGAUGCAUGAUUUCUGCUUCACUAUCCCCUACGGGAUGCUCCUAAUAGGCGGUGGGUUCAUCGGGUACAUGAAGAAAGGAAGCAUCACAUCUUUCGCCGGAGGUGCAGGCACUGGGCUAUUACUCAUCCUCGCUGGAUAUCUCAGCCUCAAUGCUUUCAAGAAGAAGAAGACUUCUACCAUCGCUGUUGUUCUUCAGACAGUCAUCUCAGCUGCUCUCACACUAGUCAUGGGACAGCGUUACUUGCUCACUCAAAAGAUCAUGCCCGCUGGUUUAGUUGCUGUGAUCAGUGCUCUCAUGACCUGUUUUUACGUAUACAAGAUCGCCACUGGUGGCAAUAAAAUCCCAUCAAAAGCUGCUGAGUGAUGAUGGUUAUGCAACUCUGUUGGAUGCAGACGAUACUCUCCUUUGUUUGAAUUUGUCGAUUAGAAAUCUCUCUUGUGUGUCUCUGAGAUUAAUUUGUAUGAGUUAAAAGAACUUUCAUAUGGUCUUGUUUGUUUGAGAUUAGUUUCUUGUCAUUAUGUUUCUCUUAACCACAAACGUUUUGGAGCCAAUAUUAUAUAUUAUUAUGAA